AUGGACAUGUCCGAGGCCAAGUACGAGAACCUGGGGAUCGGGGACCACGAUCACGAUGACCGCAGCAGCACCGAGGUCGAGGAGUCGCUCAUUGGCGCGGAGGACAAGGCGUGCCGGAGCUGCCUGGCCCAGGAGUACCAUAGACCCACGGCGGCAGCGAGGACAAGGAGAAAGAACCGGUGCCUGGCCAUGCUCAGCUCGUCGCGGUGGUUCGUCGACACCAUCUUGCUGCUCGUCAUCCUGGGCCUGCUCGUGAGGCAGCAGACGCAGACGCCGCCCGUGAACACGUUGGACUUUGGGGGGGAUCUGACGGGCGUCAGCGGAAAGUUCUCGCAGCAGAUCAAGACGUUCGCACCGGAUUACGAGGGCAAGUAUGCGCCCAACGACACGUCAAAGUUCUUCACGGAUGAAGUGUUGAAUAACUGGAACGAGCUAAUGCCGAGACAACAAGUCGGCAUGGGAUUCCAAUGGGUCAACGACACGCACAAGUACCACGACCUGCCAACCCCCAUCAUCUGGCCCGAGAAGACCGUCUUCACGACGUCCAUCACGCACCAGCUGCACUGCUUGUUCGCCGUCGUCCAGACCUACUCGGGCCUCACGUCGGGCCACGAGAUCCCCGACGACCACCACUGGCACAUGAUCCACUGCUUCUCGUAUCUGAGGCAGACCAUCAUGUGCAGCGCCGACAUGGCCCUCGAGGGCCUCGAGACGACGUUCCCUGACCACAACGGCGGCUCCGACGGCUGGGACUCGAAGCAUGUGUGCAAGGAUUACAACCAGGUCAAGAACUACCUGGAGAGCGUGAGGGCCUACGACGAUAGAGAGAUCUUCUAA